AUGGACACGGCGUCGCUCCACGCCAAAGCCUCGCAGGAGACCCUCGCCUCCCUUCUCCAGCUCGACCCCACCCCGAUUGAUCCCGAGGCUCCUCCUCCCGCCUUCGAGAAGCCAUUGCCCUCCUUACCUAAAGACUCUCCCGAACCCAGGCCGAGAUCUGCCUCUACUUCUACAUAUCCGAUGACCAUGGAGGGAGAACUGCCGACCCCGCAUCGCGGUAGCCCAAGUCCCAUCUUCCUUCUCUCCCGUGUUCAGCGGUAUUCUUCUAUUACGCUCUCCAUCUUCACCUCGAUUCAUCUCGCCAACACCUCUUUAAUACCUCUGUUCACCCGCUCCGUCCCUGCCUCCGAGACCUACCUCCUCCAGGCCCGCGAAAUCUACCAAACAACCCUCUCGGAACCUCUCCUAAUCGGCAUUCCCGUACUUGCCCAUAUCGCCGCAGGCACCGCCCUCCGAUUCCUCCGGCGCUCCCAUAAUCUCCGCCGCUACGCCGCCAACGCCGCCUCCGUAUCAACAGGCAAAUAUCCGCCUCCUGUCCCGACACUCCGGAUAUGGCCGCACUUCAGCUACAUUAGCGCGUCGGGCUACGUCUUUACUGCCUUCUUCGCCGCGCAUGUAGCCGUCAACCGCAUCCUCCCACUCGUGGUAGAGGGCGACAGCUCCAAUAUCGGCCUUGCCUUCGUCGCUCAUGGAUUUGCACGCCAUACUGCCCUUUCUACCUUGUCUUACGUUGGCCUCCUCACCGUCGGCUGCGGGCACAUGGUCUGGGGUGCAGCUAAGUGGCUUGGCAUCGCCCCCGAUACAUCCGAAUGGACACAGAGGAAUGGUUCAAGGGUGGUUCCUAAAGGUCGUCGAAGAGCUUGGUUCGGUGUCCACGGCGUAUCUGCCGCCUUCGCCUUGCUUUGGGCUGCUGGUGGUCUAGGUGUAGUCGCCAGAGGUGGCCUCACAUCGGGCUGGAUAGGCACUUUAUACGACAACCUCUACGCGCACGUGGCAUUUUAA